AUGAACAUCAAGACCAUCCUAGCCCUGUGCGCCAUGGCCAGCUUGGCCACAGCAGCCCCAGCAGAAGACUUGGAAAAGAAGGAUGAUUGCACGGGCAAGAACCAAUUCUGCUGCGAGAUCUUUUUCCCUAUCAACCUCCUCUUCGUUCGUGCGGUCGGGAAAAACUGUAUAGCCAAGGGCAGUGUGUCCUGCCCCUCGGGAACAACCCUGCAUUGUUGCACCAGCAAUUUUCCUCUUAGUAAUGGAAAUCUUGCUUGUACCCAGCUGUAA